AAGUGUGGAAGUGGACAGACCAGAGCCUAGGCUACUCGAGGAAACGCUAUCAUAGCCUAUAAAAGAAGUAGGAGAUGAAGACCACGAGAGCACGAGGUCGGCAGCAAUAGAGAUUUUCGCUUGGUUUCCAGACAGCGUUCUUCAGCCGCUACGACGACAAUAUGGGGUCGAGAAAUAGAACAAGCGAGUAGAGGGGUGCAGGGGCUAAGACGUUGCUGGCUCCAAUUCUGUUGACGUGUCCGUUUAAAAAACGACUAAUCAGAGACGAACGUGUCGCAAAGCUUAAAAACCCGUAAAGUGCAAAUGUGCGAGUCCAUCCCGAGUUGUGACAUGCUUUGUCCUAUUAGGUGAAUGAUCGCUGAUAUAGAGAGUACGAUAUGCGACAACUGAGGCCCAAUACGAGCGCUAAUUAAGUCGGCUGCGAAACGAUAGAGGGCAAAUAUUAAGUUCAUUUUAUUAACACACACACACACACACAGGAACGCACGCUCACGCACGCACGCACUCUUUCUCGCGCGCUCCUUCUUUCUGUCUCUCUCUCACUCGCUUCGAGCGAAAAGGAAUUUACUCAUGAUCCCAAGUGUAUCCGUCAGGAAUUGGACGUUCCUGGACGCGCCUGCGCGACAAUAUGAAUCCCACGGAUCAAGUCGACGAGUGUAUUCACACAAAACGUUUCCAUCCGUGCAUGCGGUUUGUAUUAGCAAAAAACAACACUUAACGAUUCACGUAUUUCCUCACAUUUGGCAUACUGUGGACCCAACAUCGCAUGCGCACAUCCCUUGGACACGUGUCCCUAAGCGAAACAUUACCAUCAGGUGACUUCGCUUAACCGCCCCGCCAGUUUACGAAACGGCACCCGCAAAACGGGCUACAUCAUCGGUAUGACAUCACCGACUCAAACAAUGAGGAGGCAAGUGGGGAAGUGACGGCGAUGGUGAUGUCCGCCGGACUCAAGGAGUACGUAGGCGGUUGGUAGUUCAGUGUAGGGGGAAUUGAGGCCCAAGACGGACAU